UAGUGUACUCAAAAGCAUCUACUUAGUAUGGCUUUCCCAAUGUCUCAAUUUUUCUUAGUUUCUGUUCUUGUUGGUGUUCUCUUUUUCUUUUGCUUUUUGGAGAAAGGUUUUUCCAUUGAAGAAGCUUCAUGGAAAGAAAGACACCAUGUUGUUCAAAUCAACACUCUUUUACCAUCUUCUUCUUGCAGUUCUUCAACCAAAGGUCCAAAAAGCAAAGCAUCAUUAGAUGUGUUACACAAACAUGGUCCAUGUUCCCAACUGAAUAAUAAUGGAAAAGCAAAUUCUAUUCCAACACACAGUGAUAUUCUAAAUCAUGACAAAGAAAGAAUAAACUAUAUUCACUCAAAAUUAUUAUCAUCAUCAUCUUCCAAUAACAAUAACAAUAAUAAGGUGGAAAUAGAAUUGGAUUCUUCUUCUUCUAGUGCUAAUUUACCUGCAAAAUCUGGUAGCCUUAUUGGAUCAGGAAAUUACUAUGUUGUCCUUGGACUUGGUACUCCUAAAAAAGAUUUAUCACUUAUUUUUGACACUGGUAGUGAUCUCACUUGGACUCAAUGUCAACCUUGUGCUCGUUCUUGUUACAAACAAAUUGAUGAAAUAUUUGAUCCAUCAAAGUCUAGUUCUUAUUCCAAUAUCACUUGUACUUCUCCAGAUUGUACUCAACUCUCUUCAGCUACAGGAAAUGACCCGGCUUGUGCUUCAUCAACAAAAGCAUGUGUAUAUGGGAUCCAAUACGGGGAUCAGUCGUUCUCGGUCGGAUACUUCAGCCGCGAACGGCUGAGUGUAACGUCGACUGAUGCAAUCGACGGUUUUUUAUUCGGUUGUGGACAGAACAAUCAAGGCCUAUUUGGCGGAUCUGCCGGUCUAUUAGGCCUUGGUCGUCAUCCGAUAUCUUUUGUCCAACAAACUUCUAAGAAAUACUACAAAACAUUCUCUUAUUGUCUUCCCUCCACUUCUAGCGCGGUUGGCCACCUCACAUUCGGCGGCACUAGUAACAAGUAUGUAAAAUACACUCCUUUCUCCACCGUCUCUCGUAGCGAGUCCUUCUACGGUCUCGACAUUGCUGGGAUCAGCGUUGGUGGGACAAAACUUCCGAUCUCGUCCUCUCUUUUCACCUCCGGUGGUGCCAUUAUCGACUCUGGCACCGUCAUUACGCGGCUGCCACCUACCGCCUACACCAGCCUCCGCGAUUACUUUCGCAAAGGCAUGGCGAAGUAUCCGUCUGCUGAAGCUCUUUCGAUUUUGGACACAUGCUAUGAUCUUAGCGGGACCAAGAUUGUGUCUAUUCCAAAGGUUAAUUUUUUCCUCGGCGGUGGUAACACGGUGGAACUCGCGGCGCCCGGGAUAAUUUACGUGGCGAGUUUGAAGCAAGUUUGUUUGGCUUUUGCACCAAAUGGUGAUGAUAGUGAUAUUACCAUCUUUGGGAAUGUGCAACAAAGAACACUAGAGGUUGUUUAUGAUGUUGGUGCUGGUAAGAUUGGGUUUGGUUACAAUGGAUGCAAGUGAAGUUAGUUUUCAAAUAUUUUGAUCAAUGUAUCAUUCUUAUUAAUGUUAUUGCAAACUAGCACUAAAUAAUUAUGUGGGGGGUGGGAAUAGAAAGAAAAUGGAAGGGAUAGAAAUGUGGAAAAAUUUGUGUAGCAGAUAUUGAUUGAAGGGUAUAUUGAUGUGUAAUUGUUGGCAAUUGUUCAUAGAUUUGUAAUUUGAAGCAAGUGUAAGCUUGUUUGUGGUAUUAAUUAUAAGGUUUGUUGAAUAAAACAAGAACUUCUUGUUUCAAAA